AUGGGCUGUUCGACCCAUCCUCUGGACCUUAUCAAGGUCAGAAUGCAGCUUCAGGGUGAAAACCAUGUUCCCAACCCGAACCCACAAGUUCUGCGUCCAGCUUUUGCUUUCAACGGCGCAACAAUGGCUCAAGAAACCCUUCACAUUCCUGCACCAGCACCACCUAGAGUGGGACCCAUUUCGGUUGGGGUAAAGAUUUUUCAAUCCGAAGGUGCUUCCGCCUUGUUCUCCGGUAUCUCCGCCACCGUGCUCCGCCAGACUUUGUACUCCACCACCAGAAUGGGCUUGUAUGAGGUUUUCAAGCAGAAGUGGUCAGACCCGGAUUCGGGUAAAUUACCACUCGGCCGAAAAAUAGGCGCCGGAUUGAUCGCCGGAGGCAUCGGCGCGGCUGUUGGCAACCCUGCUGACGUGGCAAUGGUCCGAAUGCAAGCCGAUGGUCGGCUUCCAAUUUCUCAGCGCCGCAACUACAAGGGAGUGGUUGAUGCAAUUACACAAAUGUCCAAGCAGGAGGGGAUCACUAGCCUGUGGCGCGNACACAAUUUAUAG